AGGCCCUGAGUCCAGUUUCCGGUUCCGCUUCCCUCGCGCUUCGGUUUUUGGCUUCAGAACCGGUUCCGACCCGGAUUGUGAGAGAAACUCGGACUCGGACCCGGAGCCAGGAGAAGGUCAAGAGCGGAGACGGUGAGAAAAAGGGAGUCGUCUGUAACUGAAGCUUCGUAAUGUUCAGGAAAAAAUUAGAUAAUCGUAUCCGGGUCCAAAUUGAAAAUGGUGUGGUACAGCACCAAAGGACAAUGUUUGUCAUUGUAGGAGAUCAUGGCAGAGAUCAGGUGGUUAUACUUCAUCAUAUGUUGUCUAAAGCUACAGUAAAGGCCAGGCCAUCUGUACUGUGGUGUUACAAGAAGGAACUUGGCUUCAGCAGUCACAGGAAGAAGCGGAUGAGGCAAUUACAGAAGAAGAUAAAAAGCGGUACACUUGACCUCAAGCAGGAUGAUCCCUUUGAACUUUUUGUGGCUGCAACUAACAUUCGAUAUUGCUAUUACAAUGAGACUCAUAAGAUCCUGGGUAACACGUACGGGAUGUGUGUUCUGCAGGACUUUGAGGCCCUAACUCCAAACCUUUUGGCCAGGACUGUUGAGACAGUGGAAGGGGGUGGACUUGUUGUGAUUCUGCUGAGAACUGUCAACUCCUUGAAACAGCUUUAUACGAUGACAAUGGAUGUCCAUACACGUUUCAGAACAGAAUCACAUCAGGAUGUGGUUGGCCGAUUCAAUGAAAGGUUCAUACUUUCCCUGGCAUCCUGCAAGAAUUGCAUUGUGAUAAAUGACCAACUGGACAUUCUGCCACUUUCUAGCCACAUUUUCAAUAUCAAACCUGUCCCACCGAAAUCUGUGGAGGACAGCUUAACGCCUCGAGAGGUUGAACUCAAAGAACUUAAAGAAUCUCUCCAUGAUACACAACCAGUAGGAGUCCUUGUUGGUGGCUGCAAAACUCUCGACCAGGCUAAAGCAGUACUGACAUUCAUUGAAGCUAUUUCAGAGAAGACACUCAGAAGCACAGUUGCUUUAACUGCUGCCAGAGGCCGUGGUAAAUCUGCUGCAUUGGGACUGGCCAUUGCAGGAGCUGUGGCAUUUGGGUAUUCCAAUAUCUUUGUCACCUCACCAAGUCCAGACAACUUACACACCCUAUUUGAAUUUGUUUUUAAAGGCUUUGAUGCCUUACAGUAUCAGGAACAUUUGGACUAUGAAAUAGUUCAGUCCUUAAAUCCAGAGUUCAACAAAGCUGUGGUUCGAGUUAAUAUCUAUAAGGAGCACAGACAGACCAUCCAGUACAUCCACCCUGCAGAUGCAGUUAAACUGGGUCAGGCUGAGCUGGUGGUAAUUGAUGAGGCAGCUGCCAUCCCACUCCCGUUGGUGAAGAAAUUGCUGGGUCCCUACCUUGUUUUCAUGGCCUCCACCAUAAAUGGAUAUGAAGGGACAGGUCGCUCACUCUCUUUAAAACUGAUACAACAGCUACGCCAACAAACUGAUCAGAGCCAAAUCAACAUGACUGCAGAGAAUAAAACCACUUCCACUGCCAAACUCAGCACAGUACGGUCCCUGCAUGAGGUUUCUUUACAUGAGGCAAUUCGAUAUGCACCUGGAGACCCAGUGGAGAAGUGGCUGAAUGACCUGCUAUGCUUAGACUGUCUGAAUAUACCUCGAAUCAUCUCAGGCUGCCCACUUCCAGAGAAAUGUGAUCUCUACUAUGUGAAUAGGGACACACUGUUCUGUUACCACAAAGCAUCUGAGGCCUUCCUGCAUAGAUUGAUGUCUCUGUACGUGGCAUCCCAUUACAAGAACAGUCCUAAUGACCUUCAGUUACUUUCUGAUGCUCCCGCUCACCAUCUUUUCUGCUUGCUGCCCCCAGUGCAGCCUACUCAGAAUUCGCUGCCAGAAGUACUUGCUGUCAUUCAGGUGGCCCUUGAGGGAGAGAUCUCUCGUCAGUCUGUAAUGAACAGCCUCUCUCGUGGGAAGAAAGCAUUUGGAGAUCUCAUUCCCUGGACUGUGUCAGAGCAGUUUCAGGACCCUGACUUUGGAAGCUUGUCUGGUGGACGUAUUAUCCGAAUUGCUGUACAUCCAGAUUAUCAAGGGAUGGGAUAUGGAAGCCGAGCUGUAGAGUUGCUGCAGUUGUAUUAUGAAGGGAAAUUUCCAUGUCUAGAGGAGCAAGAGAGCCAUAAAUCCACCGAGAUAACCACCAUCAGCAAUGAGGCUAUCAGUUUACUCGAAGAGAUGUUGUCUCCACGCAAAGACUUGCCACCAUUACUGCUGAAACUCAAUGAGCGGCCAACAGAAAAGCUUGAUUACCUGGGUGUAUCAUAUGGACUCACGCCACAGCUGCUGAAGUUCUGGAAGCGAGCUGGAUACGUUCCAGUGUAUCUAAGGCAGACACCUAAUGAACUGACUGGUGAACAUUCCUGUAUAAUGUUGAAGACACUGAAUGAGGAGGAGGAUGUGGAAUCUACACGAGAGAACUGGCUCCUUGCCUUCUGGACAGAUUUCCGAAGACGGUUUCUGUCCCUCCUGUCUUACCAGUUCAGCAGCUUCCCUCCCUCAGUGGCACUGAAUAUUCUUCAGAAUAAAAUCAUGAAACAGGAAUCAAAGCCAAGACUUAGCAGGUCUGAGCUGGACACUAAAUUUACACCAUAUGACCUGAAAAGAUUGGAGAUGUACUCGAGAAACAUGGUGGACUACCACCUGAUCAUGGAUAUGAUGCCCACUAUUUCUCAGCUGUACUUCCUGAACCAACUUGGUGACAUCUCAUUAUCUGUUGCACAGUCUGCAAUGCUGUUGGGUAUCGGACUUCAGCACAAAUCUGUUGACCAGCUUGAGAAAGAAAUCGAUCUUCCGAGUAGCCAAUUGAUGGGCCUUUUCAACCGGUUAAUCCGCAAAGUCGUGCAGCUUUUUAAUAACAUUCUGGAAAAGGCCGUGGAGGAACAAAUGAUUACCGCAAAGGAGAUAGUCAUGGAACCUACAAUCAAGUCACUUUCUGAGGAUCUGGAGGAAGCAGCAAAGGAAUUCCAAGAAAAACACAAAGAAGAAGUUAAAAAAUUAAAAGGAAUGGAUCUAACCCAGUAUAUGAUCCGUGGAAAUGACGAUGAAUGGAAUGAAGUGUUAAAGACAGCAGGAGAGAAUGCCACAGUUAUCAGCAUUCAGGGUGCCAAAAGAAAGCAAGACUCUAGAGAGAGAGGCGGUCUCCAGCUACUGAAGAAACGAAUGAAAAAGAAUAAGGAAAAGAAACCAAAGUGGACAAGAUAAUUUACAUGACCAAAUUAACACAUUUAUUUGAAAUUUAGUCAUUCAUAUCCAGCCUGGUUGAUGGAAAAUUGUGGCAAUAAGAGGGAGUUCUGAUUAAUUUCAGUCACCCCCACUGUAAGAAAUGAGCCUCUGAGCAUGAUGGGAAGUCAUGGACUUUGCAGAAUUGCAGAUGACAAGUUUAGUAUUUGCUGCAUCUCGUUUUAAAAUUCUGGAAUUCUCCAAGAGAUGACCACAUCUUCCUCCUGCCCCACACACUCUGACAUUUCCAGGUUUGCUAUUGGAUUUUUAAUGCAGUUGCUCCAGCCAAGUUGACAUCCAUGCUGUUGAGUUUUAAGCAUUGUGGAUUUAUACAAAGGAUGACUUAAUAAUAUGUAAAAAUGUUAUUGUAAAAAUGAGAUGUGGCUAAGUGUAUUAAAAAUUGGCUUUAUUUUC